AGAAAUGUAGAUGACGUUGAGCGAAAUCGAAUGCCGUUGAAUUUUGAAAAUCGGCCCGUUAGAUCUCGAGAUAUCAGGGGGGGUCGUAAACAGCCCCCCCCCCCUGCCACUAAUAGGGGUAGCCAGGAGCCUGCCACAGGGUUAACCGUGCCCACCAAAGAACUGGAUACCCAUUUUGAGUUCAGCUGACUGGGCUGCGCUCACCAACUGCGGACGGACGACUGCAGGCCAUCCCUCGUACAUCCGGAACAGCAUGCCGAUAAAAAACGCCAUCGAACAGACACCUGUAUAAAGAAAGUCGGCCUCGGUCCGUCGGCGAGCAGGACGGGUGCAGACCAGCGACAGCCGUCCCACCGUCCGCACCACUCCGUCGAACUUAGCGCCAUGGCCGCCCCCGUCGGCCUCCUCGCCUCUGCGCUGCUCUUGGUGACAGGUGCCAGCGCCUCGGUCUUUGACGCCGAUCUACUGGCAUCGACGUUCGCGCUUCUGGGGGAGCGCCAAUGUCUGCCGAGAGACUUCAACUCUUCUGCCACUCAGCCUGUAGCUCCGAACUGCGGGGAACUGGUGGGCGGCUCCGACCCGCCGGCGCCAUGCCGGGGAGUGCAGCGACUCCCCCUGUUCUAUAACUGCUACGUCAACGGGCAAGGUCUUCUGGACGGUGUUGCGGAUUCAACUUCAUUCCGUUCCGGCAUGAAGGCUCACAACGCGGAGCUCAGCGACGACCAGGACUGGCUCCACAAGACGUACCAGAUAAUUGACGACUGCGUGGAGAAGGCCGCGGACCAGGGCCUGUCGCUGCCACAGCUGGCCGUCAGCAGCUUCCUCUGCCUCCGCUGGUCGUGGUUCGCCGACUGCGACGAGCAGCGGGCGCAGAGCGACUCCAUGGACGCCGUCGGAGCGCAGCGACGAGUCGACUUCUUCUUCGGCCAGUGUCCGCUCAGUCCCAGUACGCUGGCGGCUGCCUUGGAGACCGUCUCCGGUCGCACCUUGGAACAGUGCAGUCUGAACUCGAGCCCCACUGGUAACGCGCUUCAGAUGUAUGCCGACACCAUUCAAAACGUCAUUUGCCUUCUGGAUAACUUCCGAAACGGCAACAACCUCGACAUCUCUGCUCUAGAGAAUGCGAUCGAAAGCUCCAAUGCUCAAAACGCUGCGGACCUUUUGGACGUCGUGGAGAUGUGUAGGGGAAGCAAGAAAACAGAGGACUUCGUCAACUGUUGGGCCGAUAUGGGCGUUUUCAGCUGCAUCUUCCAGGAGGCGAACCAAGUGGCCAGCGCGUUCCCGAGCCAUUGCAAGCUGUCUGUUUCCCAGUAGGCACCGGGGGGAACGAACCAGACGCCCGAGGCCCCGAACCCCGAAAAGGACACGAGCUCCGAAAAGGACGUGUUACACAGUAUGCUGUCACCAGACAAAAAUGUCAUUUUUACACAAUGCAGUGCGUACUCACAAUACGUUUAAUGUUUGGUAUUUGUUCUUUUAUGCACCACAACUUCUGCAUCUUAAUGUCAUCCGUCUCGAGUUUCAAGUCGUCGUUAUCCAGAUUGCGCUAACGUGAUUUGUCCUUAUCGUCUGAAUAAUAUCAUUCAACUGA